CCUUGCAAUCAAAACGAGACUCCGUCCAUUCAUCCACCAUCAAUCAUUUAUCGACAUACUGCGCGCAUCUAAAUCUAUCCAUCAUCGCGUCGCCAUUCCUACUCGUACCCUCAAUCUUACUACUAAUUCACUCCACAUUUUCCUUGCCGCAAAUUUACGCCCUUCCAUAUGGCCCGACGUCCUGGUCGCGCGGCCGCGAAACGUGCUGCUGCGAAGCUUGAGAGCACCCCGAAGACUCUCGAGGAGAUGGAGGAUGAGGUUAUGCCUGAUGCCGACGCAUCGGAUGCGGACCAACAAUUAGUAGAACCUGAGGAACAAGAGAAUGAAGACGAAUCCGGCGCCGAGCCCGAAGAGAACCAAGAUUCCGACGUCCCAUCUGCCAAAUCACCAUCCCCUGCACCUCAGCCUGUCAUCCGAAGACGACGCCUAGGACGGCCCCCUAAGAACCGGCCUGCUGACUGGGAUAGUCUACCCCUCGAGACUCCCCAGCGCGACCCGAAUGAUACUCCCAAACGACGCGGUCGCGGUGGAUGGAGAGGCAGAGGUGGUCGAAAAGGUGCUUCCUACCAGCCAACGCAACAAAUCAUCGACAAGGAGGGCAAUGUUAUGGAUAUUGUUGACGAUGAGUGUGCGCUACCCGAAGAUCCCGAAGGAGAGACCAAGGUAGACAAGUUCGGGCAUCUGCAGGGAGGGCGCGAAUACCGCUGCAGAACCUUCACUGUUGCUGGCCGUGGCGAUCGUCUGUACAUGUUGUCGACUGAGCCUGCCCGUUGCGUGGGUUUCCGAGACUCUUACCUUUUCUUCGCGAAGCACAGACGGCUUUAUAAGAUCAUUGUGGACGAUGAAGAGAAGCGCGACAUGAUCGACCGCGAAAUUAUCCCCCAUUCCUAUAAGGGCCGUGCUAUAGGAAUAGUUACAGCCCGAUCGGUAUUUCGGGAAUUUGGUGCGUUGAUUAUUGUCGGUGGCAAACGAAUCAUUGACGAUUACGAAGUUGCCAAGGCACGAGCAGAAGGUGUUGUUGAAGGCACAAUUGCCGAUCCUAACGAUAGAUUCGUUGAGGGUGAGGAGUACAACAAGAACCAGUACGUCGCUUGGCAUGGUGCUAGUGCUGUGUAUCAUUCCGGAGCUCCAUCUGUUCCUAUGCAAAAUGGCAAGGUAGACAUCAAGAAGAGACGAGUAAAUAUCACCGAUAUCAAUUGGCAACUUGAGCACGCUCGUGAAGCAAGUCGCUUUAACUCGGAAAUUGGCGCCAUUAGACGUCUAAAUACAUCUGGUGUUUAUGAUGUUCACACCAACGUCAUGCAGUAUCCCGCCAACAUGAACCCCACGCAUGCAAGAUUUGAGCAGGUCAAGGAUUCGUCCGCCCCGAGCGAAAGCGCUCGCUUCCCUCCUCUCGACUCUAAGGUUCCGCGUAACUUCAAAGUUAUCGACACGUACAUGGAGACACCUCCAGCAGGUCUCUCGCCUGCCGUAUACGAGCAAUGCGAAGUGCCUGGCUUCCUCUCUGAUUUCCAAGGUCUUGGAGCCAUUCCGAAAGAUAUCUUGGACGAGCUUCCGGCUGAAUGCCGAGAGGCAUUUGACAAAGCUGUGGACCAAGAAAUCGCCUGGAAAUCUAGGUGGGGCCCUGAAUCUAUUAAUGGACAUCGCAGAGAGCCAAUCAUCGAUGCUGCCAUCGUUCCUUAUUAUAAGUCGUAAGGCCAAGUAAGGUUGAUGAAAUUGGCAUAUACACGCCUUGUAUAGGUGCUCUACGAAGGCGUUGCAACUGAUGCGUUUUUUCAAUGCCCAAAUUGAUUACCUAAUCAUAUUUGUUUGUGCUUAGUCAUUGGGGAAAAGGGGUUAGUCAUCUGAAGUCCCUUCUCCUGGUGAUGACUUUCACAAUGUAUCACUAGUACUUUUACGGAGUUUACGGUCGCGAAAAGGCGCGGAGGGUACUUCUUAAUUGAUACCAGGAACUUGUAGCUAUUAAAGGACUAGAACUAGCCAAUGGAUUAAGUGUUUCACUGAUGGAGGGUUUGUCGUUUUGUCCCCGUCCCA